AUGGACCAAACAUCUGCAGAACGUCAAACUUUCAUCGAAGCCCCGGAUCAAGACACAGUGAACCCAGAAGCCUCAACCGCGAACAUACAGUCUACACUGGCAGAUGAUCGAUUUCAGUCAACAUCCAACACCUCACUAAUCCCACAUCUUGAGGAUGUCCAUCAUAACGUCUCAAAAUCACUAAGGGUCAAUGAAGAUUUGAUGAGUUGGUCAGAUGCCUGGUUCCCAGGGGACGAGCGACUGUGCCCCUUGUGGAUGGGGCCUUGGAUUGAAUUUCCUCAACUUCAAGAAGAGAUGUGGAACGAAAUUUUCAACACGCCCGAACUUGUCGAUGCCCGUAUUUUCCCUCCGCAAGUCGCCGUCCGCCACGCUGCUCACAUCCUAGAAUGGUACAUAGUGUAUUCAGAGGAGACCUUGAAGAUAUUUGCAAACAGGUCAGUGGACGAUUUCCUCGCCACGACUUUUAAUUUUAUGGAACAAGAGGACACAUUGCGAUACAGGUUCAGUGUCCGGGGACAAUUGCGCUUCGACCGCCCGCGUCAUUGCUGCACCUCUGUUGCGAAUUUCGGAUUCGAAGAGCCAGCAUAUGCAGUCCUGUAUAUUCCUUCAUAUUGUCUGACUUUGCCCGAACUGGUUGCAGGGUUGCACGGGACAUCACCGAUGGAGACCUUCGAGAAGAAACCAACUACAUUCGAGGAACAUGCCACUUACGUAGUGUCUCGUGCGAUCGUUCGGAUCUAUUCACGGAUGAUCUGCUCUGGACGCCGGUAUGGGUAUAUCUACACAGGAGAGGCCUUGGUAUUCCUUCAAAUUCCCCCGGACGACAGUAGCAAUAUCAAAUACUAUCUAUGUGUUCCCAGUCGAGACGUCGUUUAUCAUGGUUAUGAUUCCCAGUCAGAAUGGGUUCGCCGUACUACUUUGGGCCAAAUCUUCGCUUUCGCACUUCAGUCUUUGGCUGCCAGCCCACCAACGCAGGAAUGGCAAGACGCAGUUUACCAAACCUAUCGUGCGCUUGAUAAAGAUGACUCAAUUCUCCUGCCUCAAACCCCGGAUGCCAUUCGAUUUAGCCCGCCAGCAGAGUUUCUAUAUGAGACCUCGUUCUGGGUUAAAUUCUGGGGGAAUCUUCUGCUUGCAGACAUACAAAUAGGCGAAUAUGAAACCUCUCGUUCACAGAGUUCUGAGUUAUCAGACGUUUGCAAGCCUUAUUGUACCCAGGCAUGCCUCCUUGGUACCUUUCAAAAGGAUGUUCUGGAUCAGAACUGUCCGAAUGCUGCUGCCCAUGGCACAGAAAGACAUCAGAUUACCUCACAGGAGAUAUGCGACAUGAUGAAUGAACAACUCCGCGCGAAUCGGUAUAGAGGAUUCCAACAGCUGCACAUCGUUGGUCGAACCUGUUAUCUGUUAAAAGCAACGUUGCUGUCUCAUGGAUACACGAUGUUGAUCAAGGCCACCAGCUCCAAGCGGUCACACAGGAUCAAUACUGAGUUGAAAAACUAUCAGAAUUUGCUUCCAUUGCAGGGAAGUAAGAUUCCUGUAUGUCUUGGGAUGUUUUCGCCGAAGAUCCCAUAUUGGUAUCAUGGUACUAAAAUGACCUCCAUGCUGCUCAUCAGUUGGUCUGGAAUUCGAGCGGACCAACAUACCACUCUUGAAACGUGUGAGUACCUUGAACAGGAGAUGCAAAAGCUUGAAGACAAACUUAAGGAACAUGGAGUUGUUCAGAAAGAUGCAGCUUUUCGCAAUGUUUUGUGGAAUCCCACAUCACAAUCUUUUGUGAUGGUUGACUUGGAAGAUUUGAAGUGGCUGGGGAGCGAGGGAAGCGAAUCCAACGGAGGCUCAAUUCAGUCCAGUGACUACCUUGGAGAUGUCGGCAAGUAA